AUGACUGUCAAGAAGUGGGAGGGCGCCUACACACAGGAUAGAGCACUGGAAGACCUACCUGUUGUCAAGCACGCACUUGAUCUUUUCCUCGCUUCCCACAUGGUUGAGGCUGAGCAGUUCAUGAUGGAGAGUAACCCGACCAUGGAACGGUUGUACAUGUCAUCUGGAUACGGUCUAAUUCAGUGUGUGAAAGCAUUAAUGUCGUAUGAGGACGAGGACCUUCUUGCUGCCAUCGGCCACACGCGCCACGGGAACAACAUCGCGAGCCAGCACCGCAAGUCGGCAUCAUUCACGUCGAGGUUGGCCAGUCUCGUAUCUUCCUCGUCGGAGGUACAUCAUAUCAAGUCGAUGACGCCGGUCGAGCGCCAUGCGGAACUGAUCUAUGCCGAAACGCUCUUCGAAAAGGCUCUAUUGGGUAUAAUCUACUCAGGUGACUGGAUCUCAUUCUUCAAAGAGGCUUUACACAUGCGGACAUUGGUUAUCAUUUACCGGCAAUUGUAUAAUUAUCUCAAGACUGUCGACGAGGAGGCGUGCGCACGUGGAGAAGGUCCAGAAGAUAAAUCAGUCGAUCCUGACUUCCGAUCUGGCGUGCUCCUUGGUGCUGGGCUGUCAAAUAUAAUUCUGACUCUCCUGCCUGGACCGUUGCAGACGGUUGUUGAGCUUUUCGGAUUUAAAGGAGAUCGUAAAGAGGGACUCGAGUUGCUUUACCGUGCGGGUGGAUGGCGCGAAACAUCUCACCCAGACGCCGCGACACCUACCGUCAGCAUAGAACAGGAGGGGGUGCGACGUGCACUCUGCGAUAUGGCCCUCCUCAUGUACCACCUCGUCAUCUGUACAUUCGCCGCUUCUCCAGACGUAGACAUACUCCGUGCACAAAACGUCCUUAACUGGAACCUUGAGCGAUAUCCUCGAGGUGUCUUCUUCCUCUUCGGCCAAGGCCGUCUCUUCCUUGUCCGUGGUCAACCAAAACGCGCGAUUCAGAGCUAUACAACCGCGAUGGAGACACAGUCGCAGUAUCGCAAUCUGCAUAUGAUCAGUUAUUGGGAAAUUGCAAUUGCGAAUUUCGCGCUGUAUAACCUUGCAGAGUCGUUACCAUGCUGGCGUGUAUUGAGUGAGGAGGCGACAUGGAGUAAGGCUUGUUAUGCGUAUGGAAUUGCUGUAUGCCUUGUUUCGUUGGGUGGGGAGGAGAAUAUGAAGGAGGCUGCCACGUGGAUGGAGAAGGUACCUAAGUUGAUGAAGCGUAUUGCUGGCAAGUCAAUACCCUUAGAGAAAUUCGUGUCUCGGAAAGCUCGGAAAUUCCAAAAACAAAACAGUCGACUUGCCCUCGCUGCUCUUGAGUUCUCGUAUUUCUACCUCGCUAUCGCCCGAGCACCGUAUUCUGUUAUCGUAGAUAAGAUGCUCGCUGCGAUCUCUGAGUGUCAAGCGAAGUUGAGGGCUCACGAGAAGGAUCCGAAAAAGUAUGAAGGCGGGAAUGGUGGAUAUUGGGAUGACCUCUGUCUUGCGAGUUUCCUGGAGGGAGUUUGUUAUCGGUAUAUCGCUCAUCCUGAACCAAAUGCGAUCGUAGACCUAGAAGAACGAGAGAAAAUCAAUAUCUCAAAAGAGGAAGCGGAGAAACGCGGACUCGCUGCGCUUCAACGUGUUCUCACAAACGGGCCUAAGAUCGAACUCGACCAUCACUUGGUGUAUUAUACGCACUUUGAGAUGGGUCGAUUGUAUGCGUGUAUGGGGAAGAAAGACGAGGCGCGAAAGCAUUUCGACCUCAUUCUUUCUGGGAAAUCGUUAGAGAUCAAUGCGCAUACGAAGAAGGGAAAAUACAGCCUGGAGUCUGCCUUGUUGUUACGAACACAUGCUGUUGUCGAUGCGCUUGGGCACGGCAAACCUUUGUAG